AAUUUUUUUUGGAUUGAACACAGUUAAGUUUGUAGGUUAUUGUCAACCAAGCAUGUCGUCAAAAUUAAAUUUCUUUUCUCAUAUACACCAUUCCUUUGUGAUGCUACGGGAAGAGUUUAUAUUCACUUGUAUGUAAAAACUCCAGGUCUACGUACUCCAAACAUUUUUUGCAUUCAGUUUUUUCUUUUCCUAACCGGAAAACUCCCUCCGAGUUGAUCUCAGCGCAGAACCACCGAGAAAUCCGUUCAGCCUUUUCUUUCACCUUAUUCCAACAUUCUUCCUCUCCUCGCGGCGAGGAUGCGAUCCCAUCUCGACUUCCGGCCGCAAUAACCGCCACCGCAAAACGCUCCGCACCCGCGAUUCAAAGAAACAACACCAGGAGCAAUGACUAUUCACAAACUUUCUCAAUGUAUUCAAGCUCCAAUCUCCAGCUCAUUCAGCACAUCCACAAUCUCGGAGCUCUUGAGCAAACAGCAUUGGUCAGAGCUCAAAUCUCAUCUUACACUAACCAAACCCGCAACAUUUCUCGAUCAAUUACUUAAUUCCGGUAUCGAUUCAGACCUUGUUUAUAGAUUCUUCAAUUGGUCUCAGAAAGAGUUCAGAUUCUCAUAUGAUCUCGAACCAACCGCAAAACUUUUACAUUCUCUAGCGAAUUCGAAAAAGUACUCUAGAGUUAGGUCUUUCCUAGAUAGCUUUGUGAAAAACAGGAAACAUACAGUUUCUUCUGUUUUUCACUCGCUUUUAUUAGGCGGUGGUCGAUCCGGUGAUGCUACUGUUUUGAUCAUCGAUAUGUUGGUGUUAGCGUAUGUUAGAAAUUCGGAGAUGAAUUCGGCUUAUGAAGGGUUUAAGCGAGCGCAGGAUUAUGGAUUUAAGUUAUCGUUGACUUCGUGUAAUCCGUUGUUGAGUGGUUUGGUGAAGGGGAAUAAGAUUGGAGAUGUGGAGUAUGUGUAUAAGGAGAUGAUGAAGAGUAGGAUUCGGCCAAACGUGAACACGUUUAAUAUUUUCGUUAAUGGUCUUUGUAGAGGCGGGAAGUUGAAUAAGGCGGAGGAUGUUAUUGAAGAUAUGAAGGCGUGGGGAGUUUCGCCGGAUGUGGUUACUUAUAAUACUCUUGUUGAUGGUUAUUGCAAGAGGGGCGGUGCUGGAAAAAUGUACAAAGCGGAAGCUAUUGUGAAGGAAAUGAUUGCUGAUAAAAUUUGUCCGAAUGAAGUUACGUUUAACACUCUUAUUGAUGGGUUCUGUAAGGAUGAGAAUGUGUUGGCUGCAGAGAAGGCCUUUGAGGAGAUGCAAAAGAUGGGAUUGAAACCUAAUACGAUUACUUAUAACUCGCUGAUAAACGGUUUAUGUAAUAAUGGUAAGCUAGAAGAGGCAGUUGAUUUGAGGGAUAAGAUGGUUAGUUUGGGUUUGAAGCCGAAUAUUGUAACUUAUAAUGCGCUUAUUAAUGGGUUUUGUAAGAAGAAGAUGAUGAAGGAAGCAAAAAAAGUUUUUGGUGAUAUAACUAAGCAAGACUUGGUUCCUAAUGCUAUUACAUUCAAUACUAUGAUUGAUGCAUAUUGUAAGGAAGGGAUGAUGGAGGAAGGGUUUGCACUGCGUAGUUCAAUGCUAGACAGAGAAAUUUUGCCUAAUGUUUCAACCUAUAACUGCUUAAUUACAGGCCUGUGCAGAAAACGGGACUUACAGGCUGCUAAGGAGCUUCUGAAUGAAAUGGAGAACAAUGGCUUAAAAGGCAAUGUUGUGACAUACAACAUAUUGAUAAAUGGAACAUGCAAAAUCGGCAAAUCAAGAAAUGCAGAGAAAUUACUUAAUGAAAUGUUCAACCUUGGUUUGAAACCUAAUCAUCUGACAUAUAAUACUUUGAUGGAUGGUUAUUGUAUGGAGGGGAAUCUCAAGGCAGCGUUGAAGGUGAGGGCGCGCAUGGAGAAAGAGCAAAAGCAGCCCAAUGUUGUUACUUAUAAUGUGUUGAUUAAAGGAUAUUGUAAAGUUGACAAGCUAGAGGCUGCAAAUGGUCUUCUUAAUGAGAUGUUGGAAAAGGGUUUGAAUCCAAACCGUUCUACAUAUGAUAUUGUAAGAUUGGAAAUGUUAGAGAAAGGCUUUAUUCCUGAUAUAGAAGGACACUUGUAUAAUAUCUCUAGCAUGGAUUAACAAGAACUUGGGUUGAUAGAUUAGAUUUUGGUUAUCAGUGUAUUAUUUAUCUAUUGUUUAGAGUAGAGCUUCAUAAAAGAUUCAAAAGACAAAUCUCAACUUGUACAUAUCUUGUUUUUUUUGCUGAGAAAAGUAGGAACAAUGCACACACUAGUCACUACAGCUUCACUAGCAUUUGAUUUAAAGAACUUAGUAAUUACUACGCCAAAUUUCAAGUAUUAAGCAUUUAUGCAUGUGUUAUACACAUUUCAUCAUCUAUUACUCCAUACACUUCAUGCAUGUUUGGAUUGGUUUCCAAACUUAAAAUUGAUUUAACUUUGAAUGAACAAGUAAUUUCCAU